AUGUGGCAGACAAUCGUGACGCUAAUUCUGACCGUUCUCACGGACGCCAUCACAGAAGCCGCUCAAGUGCAGUUCGUGGGCUGUGGCUCGAACCUCGACACUAUGCUCAGGCUAGUCUGUCAGGACAGGGGCUUCAACGGGAUUCAAAAGAAACGAAACAUAGGUUUCACCCGACAUGGCAUUGUGGAAGAAUGUUGUCACCAGCCGUGUUCCUUAGGCCAGUUGGAGCAGUAUUGCGCUGUGGAGGGUACAGUAGAUACGGAGGAGGUAUUAACCAACUUGAAAGCAUUGACGCUACAUCGACAAACGUUACCGACGAUCGAAAGGCCCUCGCCAAUAGAAGAGGAAGUCUUAUCGUCUGAAACCAACGAGCAUCUACCAACGUCCAACCCUUGGACCAUGCUUGCACAGACCGGGCAGUCUCAUGUUUACAGAAAUGGUCCUCGCACGAGGUUCUUCUAUGUUCGCAGACUUAACCCCUCGCCAACUCGUUCCCCUGUGAUACCCGCCAUAGAUCAACAAUGA